AUGAAGCUAUCAGACUGCACCUUGGUUGAUUAUUUUCGGGUCCCUCAUCAGCCACCGUCUAAAGUCGACGUGGGCACUGAUUCUUCUACACCAUCACCGCACAAAGCUUUAGCUGCGGCGUCUUAUGCCUCGAUUCACCAGAACGAUAUCUCUGGGUUGCAUAUCAACGGCACGAGACUCCACCAGGACAUCCUGAAAACUUCGCGAUGGGGUCAGAUCGCUCAUACUACUGGCAUGGCGAGACUUGCACUCUCAGAUGAGGACAAGCUGGUGAGGGACUGGUUCUGCCAGACUGCGCUUGAUAUAGGCUGCCAGGUGAAUGUAGAUGCCAUGGGGAAUAUAUUCGCCGUCUACCCGGGUCAAAACAUGAACCUCGCUCCCAUUGCGAUGGGAAGUCAUCUUGAUACGCAGCCAGCGGGGGGGCGUUUUGACGGCAUCUUGGGCGUGAUUGGAGCACUGGAAGUCCUGCGCACUAUCCGAGAAUCCGGAUACCAAACAUACGCCCCACUCGCUGCUGUGAACUGGACCAAUGAGGAAGGUGCUCGAUUUACUCCGGGCUGCACAGGCUCAGCUGUGUGGUCUGGUCACACAAACCACGCGACCGCCCAGUUGAUGUCUACACGCGAUAGUGGCUCUAGUUCAACCAUGAGAGAAGAGCUCACACGGAUCGGAUAUCUAGGCUCUCUUGCACCAGACUUUCGGAGUAAUCCUCUUAGCGGUCACUUCGAGCUGCACAUCGAGCAAAAUACACGCCUAGAACACCAAGGUAAACGUCUCGGAAUUGUCGAAGGUGUCCAAGGGAUCAAAUGGUACAAUGCGACUUGUACAGGCGAGAGGGCCCACGCUGGAUCUACGCCAAUGGGAUCCCGAGCCGAUGCAAUGGUGGCAUCAGCAAAGAUUGUCGCGGCAUUAGAUGAAUCCGCUCGACAACAUGGUGCUUUUGCAACAGUUGGCGUACUAACUCUGGAGCGAAGCUCCUCUAACACUGUUCCUGGCCAUGCUCAGUUUACUAUUGAUCUGCGCCACCCGUCACCCGAAGUCCUUGAUCGUAUGGAACAAGAAAUCAAAUCCAACAUGGACACGGCGAUGAAAGAGAACCCUAAGAUCAUGUUCGAACUCGACGAAGUAUGGCACAGCCCUGCUGUCCGAUUUGAUACCGCAGCGGUCGCAUGUGUUGCAGCUGCGGCCGAGGCUCAGGCUACAUCAGGUGGUGUGAUGCGGAUGGAUUCAUUUGCCGGCCAUGACAGCGCCUUGACAGCCACCAAAGUGCCUACCGCCAUGAUUUUCGUGCCUAGUCGAGGCGGAAUUAGCCACGCACCGGAGGAAUACACUAGCAAGGAACAAUGCGAGGAUGGUACGCAAGCUUUGCUCCAUUCGGUUUUGGCUUAUGACUCUCUACUCCGGGAAACAGUGUCUUCCAAGUAG